UUCCAUUGUUUCACUUCCCGUUUGUUGCGGUUGCACGCUUAGAGUUUGAGCUCCGUCGAGUUAAUUUCUUAUUGUCUGUUUUUCAAUUCAAAAUCAAUUUUAUACACAAUCAUUCUUGUUUCUUAUAACGUGUGAAUAUACCCCCUAUUGUAUUCUACAACUAAAACAUCCGGAUUGCUUUGUUAUCACUAGUUUUGUUUUGAUUUCCGGAGUCGCUAGCUUAUAGCCCGUUAGCAGCACCAGCGUGGUUGCCCUAAUCCUGCUUGCAUUGUUUACACACUGCUUACACACAUUUCCAUUGUUUACUCACUGUUACUUGCUUUAAUGGCGAAUUUGUGUCCACCUUUGAGUGCAGGUGAGGACACGUUCGAGCUGCACUCGUUGCAGCUCGAGCUGGAGGCCGUGGAGAAGCAGAUCCAGGAGCUGUUGGUGCGGCAGACGGAGCUGAGAGAGCGGAGGGCCGCUCUGGAGUCCUCCCGGGUGAGUAUACAGCGUGAUACUAACACUCUGACCACCUCUACUCCGUGUGCUUCUCUGCACAGCUCCCGUGCACCCUGGACGCGAUCUUCCCAGAUGUCCUUCACUCCGGCGCCGGGACACCACGGACCCUGGGUGCAGCAGCAGCGGAAGACGCGAGCCAGGCCCCGGCCGAGGACCUCGCCCCCUCCGCCGCCUCCGGUCUUCGAGAUCUCCACCCGGAACCGCUUCGCUCCCCUCCGCGAGACGGAACGCGACGCUGUGAUCGUCGGAGACUCCAUUGUCCGGUACGUACGUGCUACUUUAGCUAAAGGUAAAGUCCACACCCACUGUUUUCCUGGUGCUCGCGUUCUCGAUGUUUCUGCGCAGAUACCCGCGAUCCUGAAGGACGGCGAGAGCGUCGGCGCGAUCGUCCUGCACGCGGGGGUGAACGACACCAGGCUGCGGCAGACGGAGGUUCUGAAGAGGGACUUCAGCAGCCUGAUCGAGACUGUUCGCAGCACGUCGCCCACGAUGAGGAUCAUCGUGUCAGGACCCCUUCCCACGUAUCGACGUGGGCACGAAAGGCUUUUCCGUGCUGAUGGCCUGCACCCCAGCAGAGUCGGAGCGGAGCCGCUGUCGGACAACAUCUCCAGGACGCUACGCUCCAUUUGACUAGUGAGUACAUUCUUAUAUGAUUGCUACGAUGGCUUUUGUUCUGAACGCUUAAAUGAUAGUAGUUGCACUGUCCAAUCUAUAAAGACUGUGUCUGUUCCUCGAAUAGUGAGGUCAAAACGUAAAUUUAAUGUAGGAUCUAGAAAAAAUCUGAUCGUAAUUAAACCAGAAAAAAGCAAAAUACACGAACAGAAACCAUUUUUAAAGCUUGGGCUCCUAAACAUUAGAUCACUUGCACCCAAAGCAGUUAUUGUGAAUGAAA